AUGGCGGCGCCUGGCCUUCACGGCUUACCGGUGGUGCUAGUCGUCGUCGCGACGGUUCUUGGCUCAUUUUGGAUCAGACUCGCCGCCUCGCAGCAGCAGGGAGAGGAAGCUGCCGGCGAGGAGGCGGAGAGGCAGAGGUACAACUUCAGGUUCGUGCGGCACGCGCGGGACGCGCCGCUGGUGUCCCACUACAACUACAUCGUGGUCGGCGGCGGCACGGCGGGCUGCCCGCUGGCGGCGACGCUGUCAGAGCGCUCGCGCGUGCUCCUCCUCGAGCGCGGCGGCUACCCGUACGGCAACCGCAACGUGUCCAGCGAGUACCACUUCGCGGACGCGCUGGCGGACACGUCGCCCCGGUCGCCGGCGCAGCGGUUCGUGUCGGAGGACGGCGUCGUCAACGCCCGCGCGCGCGUGCUCGGCGGCGGGAGCUGCCUCAACGCCGGCUUCUACACGCGCGCCAGCAGCGAGUACGUGCGCGCCGCCGGGUGGGACGCGCGCCUGGUGAACGCGUCGUACCGGUGGGUGGAGCGCGAGCUGGUGUUCCGCCCGGACGUGCCGCGCUGGCAGUGCGCGCUCCGCGAGGGCCUCCUCCAGGCCGGCGUCACCCCGGACAACGGCUACACCGUCGACCACGUCCCCGGCACCAAGAUCGGUGGCACCAUCUUCGACAGCGCCGGCCGCCGCCACACCGCCGCCGACUUCCUCCGCAGCGCCAACCCCAGGCGCCUCACCGUGUUCCUGCACGCCACCGUGUCGCAGAUCCUCUUCCGGCGCAGAGAGGGGUCGGCGAGCCCGGUGGCGUACGGGGUGGUGUUCACGGACCCGAUGGGGGUGCAGCACCGCGUGUACCUGCGGGGCGUGGGGAGGAGCGAGGUGAUCCUGGCGGCAGGGACGCUGGGGAGCCCGCAGCUGCUGAUGCUGAGCGGCGUCGGCCCGCGCGCGCACCUGGAGAAACACGGCGUCCGCGCCGUGGUGGACCGCCCCAUGGUCGGGCAGGGCGUGGCCGACAACCCCAUGAACUCGGUGUUCGUCCCGUCCCCCGUCCCCGUCGCGCUCUCCCUGGUCCAGGUCGUCGGCGUCACCCGCUUCGGCAGCUUCAUCGAGGGCGUCAGCGGCUCCCAGUUCGGCAUCCCCCUCCACUCCCGCCGCCGCGGCCACUCCUUCGGCAUGUUCUCCCCCAUGACGGGGCAGCUGGGGACGCUGCCGCCGAGGGAGAGGACGCCGGAGGCGAUGAGGCGGGCGGCGGAGGUGAUGCAGGGGCUGGACCGGCGGGCGUUCCGGGGCGGCUUCAUCCUGGAGAAGAUCCUGGGGCCGCUCUCGACGGGGCACGUGGAGCUGCGGUCGACGGACCCGCACGCCAACCCGGCGGUGACCUUCAACUACUUCCGGGACCCGAGGGACGUGGAGCGGUGCGUGGGCGGGAUCCAGACCAUCGAGCGGGUGGUGCGGUCGCGGGCCUUCUCCCGCUUCACCUACGCGAACGCGAGCGCCAUGGACGCCGCCUUCGACUGCGCCCGGCUGGCCAAGUUCCUCAACCUGCUGCCCCGGCACCCCCGGGACACGCGCCCGCUGCAGCAGUACUGCCGGGACACCGUCAUGACCAUCUGGCACUACCACGGCGGCUGCCACGUCGGGCCCGUCGUCGACCCGGACUACCGCGUCAUCGGCGUCGCCGGCCUCCGCGUCGUCGACAGCUCCACCUUCAAGUACUCCCCCGGCACCAACCCGCAGGCCACCGUCAUGAUGCUCGGCAGGUACAUGGGGCUCAAGAUUCAGGAGGAGGGGUGGAGACCAGGACGACCCAGAGAUUAA